UAUUCCGCUCGGAAAUGUCGCAGUACGAACAUUGAAUCAGUGGGGUAAAGUGCCAAGCGAACCCGAGAGCUCUUUCGUGGCUGUAGUGGAAGGGUCGCCCAGGAAGCGUUCAGGCCACUUUUGUUCGACUGAAAGAUAUAUCUGAUCCAUGGAGGCGCCAGAGGACGAGUUCACGAAGUACCGCUCCCCUCUGGUGUCACGAUACGCCAGCAAGGAGAUGUCGUACAACUUCAGCGACAGGAAGAAGUUCACGACGUGGAGAAAACUGUGGAUUUUCCUGGCUAAAGCCGAGAAGGCCCUGGGCCUGCCCAUCACCGACGCUCAGGUGGCUGAGAUGGAGAGCCGGGUGGAGGAUGUGGACUUUGCUAUGGCAGCUGAACAAGAGCGAAAGUUGAGGCAUGAUGUUAUGGCGCAUGUACACACGUUUGCCUACUGCUGCCCCACUGCUGCACCCAUCAUCCACUUGGGAGCCACUUCGUGCUACGUGGGAGACAAUACGGACCUCAUUGUUCUGCGCGACGGUUUCGAAAUUCUCCUGCCCAAGCUGGCACGAGUGAUGGACAGACUGGCAAAUUUUGCUGAGAAAUAUGCUGAUCUGCCAACUUUGGGCUUUACGCAUUAUCAGCCUGCUCAGCUGACCACGGUGGGCAAGAGGGCCUGCCUGUGGCUCCAGGACUUAACCAUGGAUAUGCGGAACCUUCGGCGUGCCCGGGAUGACCUGCGUUUCCGGGGGGUGAAGGGAACCACAGGCACUCAGGCCAGCUUUCUGCAACUAUUCCAGGGGGACCAUGCCAAGGUGGAGGAACUGGACCGAAUGGUCACGGAAAUGGCAGGAUUUAAAAAGGCGUACCUUGUGACAGGACAGACCUAUAGUCGCAAGGUGGACAUCGACACCUUGUCGGUGCUGGCCAGUCUUGGAGCCACUGUCCACAAGAUCUGCACUGACAUCCGCCUGCUGGCCAACCUGAAGGAGCUCGAGGAGCCAUUUGAGAAGGAACAGAUUGGAUCCAGCGCAAUGCCGUACAAGCGGAACCCAAUGCGGGCUGAGCGCUGCUGUAGCCUGUCUCGUCACCUUAUGACGCUGCUGUCAGACCCGCUACAGACGGCCUCUGUGCAGUGGCUUGAGAGAACGCUGGAUGACAGUGCCAACCGUCGAAUUUCUCUGGCUGAAGCCUUCCUCACUGCUGACAUCGUUCUUAGUACUCUGCAAAACAUAACGGAAGGACUUGUGGUCUAUCCCAAGGUGAUUGAGAGGCAUAUCCGCCACGAGCUGCCCUUCAUGGCCACAGAGAACAUCAUUAUGGCCAUGGUCAAAGCUGGAGGCAAUAGACAGGACUGCCACGAGAAGAUCCGAGUGCUUUCUCAACAAGCUGCUGCUGUGGUCAAGCAGGAUGGGGGUGACAAUGACCUUCUGGAUCGAGUCAAGGCUGACUCGUACUUCUCCCCCAUCCUGGAUCAGCUAGAUGCCCUUUUGGACCCCAAAACGUUUACAGGGAGAGCCCCUCAGCAGGUGACCCGAUUCCUCUCAGAGGAGGUUUACCCCCUACUUGAGCCUUUCAGGAGCAAGAUGGAUGUCACAAUUGAGCUGGAACUGUAAAACAUGGGUGUGUGUCAAGGCGAAGGGAAAGAAUGGAGUGAAAUUCAAGUCUGUUUACCUCAAAAGGGGUAGUAGGUCAUGUGGUGGUUGGAGACAUGGUCUUUUUGGUCCUUUUGUCUCCUGAACAAAGUAUUUACCCUGA